UGCAAGAGGCGGAACUGGCAGAUAUUUCCUGCGAGCUGAAAGGUUGCUGUUCGAUAGAGGGAAUUUAGUUGUUCCUUCGCUAUAACAAGUAUUUACUAAUUUACAAUACAAAGGGUCUUCUUUAGAUCCAGCAGCAAGCACAGAAUGGUUGUUGUGACAGCAGGGGUUGGGGGCGCCCACAAAGUCCUCUUAAUAUCUGGAAAACAAAAUGUCUCAUCUACAGCAACACAGGGAGGCUACAGCCGGUCAAUAUCGGUUGUUCUCCCUUCAUUAGGAAGCCCAGUCUCGUCAGAUUCAGAUUCAAAUUCAAAUUCAUCUGGACCACCUCUUCGGAAAAGACAGCGACUCACACACUUGAGCCCUGACGAAAAGGCACUUCGGAGGAAACUUAAGAACAGAGUUGCUGCUCAGACAGCAAGAGACAGAAAAAAGGCCAAAAUGGGAGAGUUGGAACAGCAGGUUUUGGAGUUGGAGCUUGAGAAUCAGCAACUCCACAUCGAAAACCAGCUGUUGCGAGAGAAGACAAGUGACCUCAUUACUGAGAAUGAGGAGCUAAGACAGAGAUUGGGUUUAGAUACCCUGGAAGAAGUGGAGAAGGUUCAAGUACUAGAAUCCAGUGUGAACUCCAUUGGUUUGGGGAUCGGGUCUUCUGAGUCCGCAGCAUAGGCUACGUGUACCUCCGCAGAAGGUGCAGACCCAGCAAUCCUCCAAUCCAACGAGUUCGCCAUGGAUACUGGCAGUCCUAGCUCUUCAGACUCUGAGUCUGAUAUCUUGCUUGGCAUCCUGGACAUCCUCGACCCAGAUCUCUUCCUCAAGGCCGGCUUGGCGGAGCCCCAGGAGGACCAGCUUGUGCUCUCUGGAGGUGACGAAGUUUCAGUAUGCCCCACCGCAUCUCCAGCUCUGGGGGCCGCACCAGUUAAGCUGGAAGCCGCUAAUGAACUGAUCCACUUUGACCACAUCUACACCAAACCCGUAGAGGAGGUGGUGUGCGUGGAGCAGGAGAGUGAGCAGGAGCUGAAGCUGGAGGAUCAAGAUCAGCAGCAGGAGGAGAUGAAGGAAGAGGAUGAUGAUGAUGAUGAGGAGGAGGAGGAGCAGGAGGAGGAAGAGGCCUUCUCCCCGGCCCAAGAGGAGGUGGAGGUGGAAGUGGAGGACGUCUCGGUGAAAGACGAGCCCGAGGAGGUGCUCAUUCCCGAGGUGUCCACCGGGGUGUUGGACGGCUUCCUCUCCCCGCACUCCCCCUCCUUGGCUGGCUACGGGAAGACGCCCUACCUGACAGACGCAUACAGUGACUCUGGAUACGAGAGGUCCCCCUCCCCUUUCAGCAACAUGUCCUCCCCUCUGUGUUCUGAGAGCUCAUGGGACGACGUGUUCGCCAAUGAACUUUUCCCCCAAUUGAUCAGUGUCUGAACCCAAAACCAAUCUCUUUUUUUUCACUUCCCUUUUCCUUGUAGCUUUUUUGCUUUAUAUUGUAAAUAUGCGAUGAGUCUCAUCACCCUAACAGGGUGGAGACCAAAGUUCUAGAUCUAAAGUACUAACUCUUUUAUGAUGUGGCAGGAGUUAAGUGCAGUAUACUAAACUGCAGCAGCCUGCGAGCAUUAAACGCAUUGUAACUGUUGUCAGAUUGCAAAAAAUCUAACGUUUUGGGUUCUCACAAAAUAUCUCUCAAUCCACAAUCUCAAUCCUCUGAAAGGGGUUCCGGGGACUAAUUGUAACCUGUCUAUUUAUUUAUGUAUUUAGUUUGAGUCUUCUGUAUGUAAUGUCAGAUAUACCAAAAUGCUUUAUAAUGAAUUGCAUUAUUCGAUGAUUUUUAUGGCAUUCUCCUCCUAGCUCCUGUAUUAAACGGCAAGCAUUGCAUAAA